UUUAAUUUUAGAAGUAAAAUUAUAGCGUAACCACCUCAUUCUUUUCACCCUGGAGUAGUCAAAUGUGACUUUAACAGACGUCACACUAUCUAAGAAAGGAAUGAUCUCAGUUGGUGCAGAUACAAUAGUUUGCAUCACAGCAUUCCUCUACAAUUUUGGUGAAUAACACAAGUGUUUUUUUUUUUUUUUUUUAAUUGAAUAUGGAAUCGUAUUGUACAGAAUUAUUGAUUUCUUUUGAACAUAAAGUCAAAUUCCAAGAUGACCUAUAUUGGGAAUAUCUGAAACUUGCUUCAUGAAGAGAUAACCCUAUACUCUGAUAUGUAUGUGCAGAUGGUGUGUGUGAAUUGGUAGGGUUACUUUACUCUUCACCUGGCAGUAAGGCAGGUGACACCAGUUGUGUAGUGUCAGAUUUUUGAGCCACACAAUAAUGACAAUGUCUUUUUUUUUCUGUCAUGACAAGGUAGUGUCUGAAGUAAAGAAUGCCUGUAUUAAUCAUUUUAAAGAGUUCCUGACCAUAUGUUUCUUUGAUGUUAAAUUCCAAAUGGCUCACAUUUUGCAGGUUUCUUUGUGGCCUGUAUUUGCCUGCAGCAUUCUUCAUUAUAAUAACAAGCAUAAAAGCAUGUGUCCACCUCUGCUCUUCUUUUCACCCUAUAGGGCCUUAAGUCUGGCAUGUCUAAUAUGCUGCUGCUUUAUCAUUUUAAACCAUGUUUUUGGUGCAAUCAGGAAAAAAUGGGGUCAUAUUUACAGGUCCUUAUUAAAAAAUCUUCUUGUUCCAACAUUUUUUUUUUACUUACUGAUCAACAAUUCCAAUACGGCAAUCUAUCUGCAAUAUCAGGGUGGGCCAGUAUAUGUGCAGCUUUAUACUUAAAGUAAUCUGCAAGCUCGAGGUUUUAUAGGUCACUAGGGAAGCAAAGCUUUCAGAGAUUAUUUACAGCUGAAAGUCAAAAGAUUUGGCAGCUAAAUCAGUCAGUGUAUUCAAAAUCAGGCAACUGCAUUUGAAAACUGGAGGGGGCAGAGCUGAAUGGGACCAGUGCAACAUGCUUGGCACUGUGUAUGCAGUAUAUUCAUAUUUCCAACAAUACUAAUUACGUAACACACCUACUGCUAUUUGCAUUCAUUCUCUGAUAACAACCAGAUGUUUACAAAGACCACCAGAAAACAGAAAUUGGCACUCUUGGUCAGGUUUUUGAAAUUAUUUCUAUGGUUUUGAAUUAUUCCCAUCUAGUUUUCGCCUACAAAAGUUAAUAGGUGCAAAAAAUAUAAAACCAUUUAAAUAAAAAAAAAUAAAAAAAUUGCAAAACAUUUCAUUUGUGGGUUGAGUGCAUUCCUUUUCCACAAAUUAGAACACGGUCUGUGGUAGAACCCUAGAGUUCCUCUGAUUAGGUGUUUUUUAGAAUACUGACAACACCUAUACUUGAGAUUUAGUGCUGAUGAUACUGUUAAUGUGGGCCUCUGUUUAUAGCACGUUCACUACAUAUAGUUCUCUUAACCUGUAAUUUAGAAAGUAAUUUGCUUAUUUAGUUUGGAUAUGCAGUACUUGGAAUUCACUUGCUAUUAGUUUCUUUUGAAGCACUGUUUUGUCUUAUGACGAGUAGUGUUGAUAUUUAUUUUUUUCCUACAUAGACACUAUGCCAGAGCUGUAUCCGGAGCAAUUUGAAGAUGUCGUGGAGUUCAUUCAAGCCACAAUAAAAAGAUUAAAGAGAUCCCCAGACUGGGCACUUCCAGCUCAGAACAAAGGGGACAAGAGACGGCAAAAAGCUCCAGCAAACACAGACACUACCAUAAAAAAACCUGCCAGGAACAGGAACCAGGGCUGUGUUUUAAAGGAGAUCCAUUUAAAUGUAACCGACCUGGAUUUAGGUUACCAGACCAAAGAGGAGCUUCUUUUCAGGUACUGUAGCGGCUCCUGCAACUCCCGGGACACCACCUAUGACGUGAUACUGCAAAAUUUAAUAAAAAACAAAAAGCUGGUCAAAGAGAAAGUGAAAAUGCAGGCCUGCUGUCGGCCCACAGCCUUUGACGAUGACGUAUCGUUUUUAGACGACAACCUGAUAGACUAUCGCACGCUUAAAAAACAUUCCGCCAGGAAAUGUGGCUGUGUCUGAGUUGUUUUUCUUUGGAACAUGUUGCAUUCCUGCAAUGUUUGCAGAUGGGACCAAGGUUCCUAGAUAAUUAUCAGUCCCAGGGGGAGAACAGGACCAAGGAUCCAGAACAGAAGACAGGGGGGCUGCUGGUACUAGAAGUCAAAGUCGCCUAAGGACCAGGAGGGAGAAGACAUGAUUGCUCUGGUCCAUGUACAUGGAGAUACAAGAGCAAGUGGUUUUAAAGCCACACUUCACAACAUAUUUUAUGUUUCUGUGGUCAUUGCAGGUUUACAGUAUAUGGGUCCCAUUAUUGUUCAAUGAAACCAGAUUCUGUGCUCAUAAACAUAGCUGAAAAGUCAGCAGUGGAGUUGAUUAAGUUAUAUUCUUCGCAUUCCUUCAAAGUAGUAUCACUUAGCCUACUAACUUAAAUUGACCAGUUGUCUAGUAAAAUUAUCCUAGACCCCGAAGAAACAUAUAACCUUUAACUUCUUAUACAUUGUACACGCAGCAAACCCGUACAUGGUUAUGGGCACAGUUUGUCUGUAAUAAAUGUAUGUUUUUAAAAAUAGUACUACUUCUACAGUUAGACUAAGCCAAGUUGUUGACACUACUGUAUUUGCAUUGGGUAUAAUUUAAAAUAGGGGGAAAAUAUUCUAGAACACUGAAGGGUUCACAGGGAGUAAAAUAUCAACAAGGGAAACUGUAGCGAUAGUGUAAAUCUUAGUAUAAAAGACAGUAUUCUCCUCAUUCCAGUUGUUGUUAACUUGAAUGUAUAAGGCAUCCAUAGGUUUUUGAUAACAUUAGCUGGUUUUACAAUACCCUUGCUGAAAUGAGUUAUGUGAAGAAUUCAUUAUUUUCUUGAAAUACUGGUCCAGAUGUUGAAUGCCUCAAUAAGAAAAGGUAGCACGAAAGGGAGUUGUGUUUAUGGGCAUUUCUUUGGAAAGGCUACAUGUCAAGGUUAGCUUAGAUCUGGCUAUGCUGCUCAGAACAGAUUUCUAAAGUUUACAAAAGACUCCUACUUCUCUUUUAAUCAGAUCACUCAGUCAGAGGCUGGUCACGGAGGCCAAAGGGACUACCUGAUACA